AUGCAAUUCUUUAUAUCAAAGGUAAUAUUCUGCAUUCUGCAGGGCACAGCCCAUGUGAUAUCUGUAUACAUCCCGCAAUUUGUACGGACGCUAUCCAAUUUAAUUGGCCUUACCAUUUCAAAGGAAAAUCCCUCCACUAUCACUAUUAUGUGUGAAGGCGAUGUGACCCGAAAAGUCUUUUUACUUGAUACCUUCUCUGGUAUUUCAUACACUUCCCCUCCCUACAGUGGACACGUCGGCACUGUUCUCUGUGCCUUGCGUCCACAUCGGCCAAUUCAAUACACCCGGCAGACGGUUGACGGCGCGGACGGUAAUCCCAUUUGUUUGGAUUGGUUCCCAGCAGAUACAGAAGGAAAUACACCGGCAAAAGGCAUUAUGAUUAUAUUUCCUGGUCUCGCCUCAUGGUCGCAGACAAACUAUGUACAACACUUUGUUUGGCAUGCCCACAACUCAGGUAUUCAUUGCUGUGUAUUUAAUGCCCGAGGAAUGGGCGAUACUCCACUCACACAACCGCGAAUCACAUCAGCGGCGUGGACAGAAGAUAUUCGUUGGAUUGCACGAACAACACUUUCCAAGUCAGCCCUCUCCUUACGAUUUGGUUCUGCUGCCAAUAAUGUAUGGAGUGUUGGCUUCAGUCUGGGUGGUGUUAUUCUUGCCAAGUUUCUUUCAGAGGAAGGACAAAAAGGAACCCAAGAUCUUCCUUUUGAUGCUGCACUCAUUCUGAAUAGUCCUUUGGAUACAUUGGCUGCAAAUCACAACAUAUCACUACGAAAAAAUUUACUAUAUCAAAAAAAUAUGACGGCUGGGUUAGUGAAAUAUGUGGUUCGUCAUAAGGAUAUUAUUAAACGCCUACCAGGUGUGGCAACUGAGGGUAUUCGAAAAGAUUCUUCAGCAUUUUUAAAAAAAAUAAAAACUAUAUAUGAUGUUGAUAAAUAUAUUGUUGCACCCCACAACAAAUUUUCUUCCCCUGAGGAAUAUUACGCUGCUGUUAAUACGCUUACAUCACUUCUCUAUACCAAGAUACCAACUCUCUGUGUAAGUGCUAUUGACGACCCAGUUACGGGUCAUCCAAGUAAAAAGCAGCUUCAAGAUGUUAUUAGCACUAACAAUAAUGUUGCAUUUUUACAAUUGCCUCAUGGAGGUCAUUUGGGAUAUAUUGGAUCCCCUCUUGAUGAAUGGAAUGAUAGGCCGAGCAUAAUGGAAGUCAUUGCAUGUAAUAUUUGCGCAACAUCAUCUAUGAGUAAAAAAAAGUAA